AACCGCUACUUGCUCCACCUCGACCCCUCCGCCACGCCGGCCGAGCGGGAACGGCUGGCCCUGGCCGUCGAAUCGGUCCCCGUUUUCCGGGCUUCCCAGAAUGUAGAUGUGAUUGGGAAGCCGGAUUUUGCAUACCGGCGAGGGUCGUCGCCGGUUGCGGCUACUUUACACGGCGCGUCUCUGUUGCUGAAGUUGUCCAAGAAUUGGGAUUGGUUUGUUCGCCUGGGAGCUGCUGAUUACCCUCUUGUUACCCAAGAUGAUCUGCUCCAGAUUUUCUUCUACUUGCCCAAGGGUCUCAAUUUCGUGAGUCACAGUAAUUACAUUGGCAUG